UCUCGGCUUAGUUUCGCGCGUUAUGUCCUACAGGCUGCAGGUUCUUGAGUGGCACCAACGAACAAACAAAUGAACAACUGAGGCACAAAACAUAAGCGCGCCGUCGGUAAAAAUACAAACAAAAUUAAAUACAAGCCCGCGGAAUAUUAGUGCAGAGAGAUUUGUGCACUCAGUCAGGAAAGCAACAAAGCGUCAGCAAUAAACAGGCCGCAGGCCAAGUGUAGCAAGAGAAUUGUCAAGACACUUGCAGUGCCAUUGACAACUGUGCGGCAACAACAGGACAAACGCAAUUAUGGCUAAUCCCUAUGAACCGACCACAAUGACAGCAAUGUCAAACACAAGCCAGGACAUAUCGGCACCAACGACAACAACAACAACAACAACAGCGACAACUGCAACAGUGACAACAACUCUCAGUUAUACCACAGAUAGCAGCAGGAAUAUCAGCAUCGAUUUGGAGUAUAUGUCCGUUGAGGACGAGGAAAUGUUGCACAUUGCCUUCCUCAUCAGCGAUUUUGUGAAUAGAUACUAUGUGCCCAUCAUCUGUUGCACGGGCAGCAUCGGCAACAUACUCUCCGUAUUUGUCUUCUUUAUGACGAAGCUGCGCAAGUUGUCAUCGAGCUUCUAUUUGGCGGCAUUGGCCAUCAGCGAUACCUGUUUCCUGUGUGGCUUAUUCAUGCAAUGGCUGAAUUUCCUCAAUGUGAACAUCUACAAUCAGAACUACUUCUGUCAGUUCUUUACAUUCAUCAGCUAUUUGGCCAGCUUCUGUUCUGUGUGGUUUGUGGUUGCCUUCACCGUGGAGCGUUUCAUAGCAGUCAUGUAUCCGCUUAAGCGGCAAAUAAUGUGCACCGUUCGACGAGCCAAAAUCGUCUUACUUGGCCUCACAUUGGCCGGCUGUGUGCAUUGUGUGCCUUACAUAUUGAUUGCCAAACCCGUCUACAGUCCCAAGCUGAAUGAUACCAUCUGCGAUCUGAAUACCUCGUAUAAGGAACAACUGGCUCUUUUCAACUACUGGGACUCGAUUGUUGUCUAUGCGGUUCCCUUUACAACCAUCACCGUGCUGAAUACCUGCACCGGCUGCACCGUUUGGAAAUUUGCAACUGUUCGACGCACACUGACAAUGCAUAAGAUGAAGCCUCAGAUAACUAACGUACCAGCAAAUGCAACAACUGGCGGUGGGGUUGCAGCUGCCACUUAUCGCAUUUCAGCAUCGCUGAGGCGUCAAAAGUCAACUGGCACACACCCAAGCGGACAGCACAGUGUGUCACGGCAAACCGAACAGCAGCAACAACAACAACAACAACAACGACACGAUGCCAGGUCUCAACACCAUUGCGAAAUAACACAGAAAACGGGACGCCGCAAGGUGCAAAAUUCAUCGCAAUUGAAGGUGACCAAAAUGCUGCUCAUUGUCUCCACGGUUUUUGUUUGCCUGAAUUUACCAAGCUGCUUGCUACGCAUCGAAACUUAUUGGGAGACUCAAACAUCCAAAACGCAGAAUACAACAAUUGUUUUGCAGUACAUUUUCAAUGCGUUCUUCAUCACAAAUUUUGGCAUCAAUUUUGUGCUUUAUUGCGUGAGCGGACAAAAUUUUCGCAAAGCGGUGCUCAGCAUUUUCCGGCGCGUCUCGUCGGCCCAACGGGAAGGCAUCACUCAAGUGACAGUAUCGGAGUAUUGCCGCAACACGGGCACCUCGACUAGGCGCCGCAUGAUGACGCAGCAUUGCUGGAAUGAAAUGCACGAGUUGCAUCCACUGAGGUAAAGGAAGCUGGCGCGAAAAUUGCAUUCGGCGUACACUAAGGAAUUCAAUUUUUUUUUUAAUUAUACGAAUUACAAGAAGAAAAAAAAAAUGGGAAAAGCGAAUCCAAUAUCGUAUUUCAGUAAGCUAAAAGAAGAAUUGUUUGUGAUGUUCAAGUCGAAGUAGGGAUAAAAAAAAUGUUUUAAAGGCGAAGUUAGCAGAAGCUGAGAAGACAGCUAAAAAAAAAAAUUUAACAAAAGCCAAAAAAAUACUUUAAUUAUAAUAAAGAAAAACCGAAACAAAAAGAAAUGUCUUAAUCAACACACUAAACCGAAUUUUCUCCCACACUUGCAAAGAAUUUGUCAGCUUGAAUAGAGACAAAAUACGCGUAUUUUUAAAAAUGUUGUGUGUAAAUCAAUUUUAAUUAUGCUUAAAUAGUGCUUGAUGCUUGAUCGCGCUAAUUCAGUUGAAUUAUCAUAAAUUGAAAAUGAAUUGCAUUAGUCGACCGCAUGUACUUGUUAAAUGUUAAACACAAACGGAAAUUAUUGUAAAUCCGAACUAUGUUAUAAAUGUAAUAAUAAAUAUUCAUUAU